AUGUUAGAUGACACAGUUGUACGAGAAAAAUCUCAUCCUGUAAACCUGCGUGUACUUGUUAUUGGUUGUGACCCUACAUUUCUUGCCAAUGUUUCUGAAUUUCUUCACCUUUUGAACCAUCAAGUUUGGGUAUAUACAAACCCAUUCAUUGCUUUCUCUGCUCUUCGGAUUAGGAGAAACUUUUAUGACCUCAUUAUAACAGACCUUUAUCUACCUGAUAUGGACGGUUUUGAAGUACAGAAAAGGGUUCGAGAAGAAUUUAAGCUGCCGCUAAUCAUAGUUUCAGCCGAUGAUAGAGAGCAUGUCAUAUUAAAGGCUCUCAAGCUUGGUGCUGCACAUUAUAUUGUCAAACCAGUUUGCUUAGACGAUGUCAAGAACCUAUGGAAAUUUGUUGUUGAUGCUAUUAGAUCACCAAGAGAAAUUUCUUUUGUUGAGGAAAUUGAAAAUGCUGGCGAACAAUCAAGUGAGGGAAUAUCUGACGAGGAUACAUAUUGUGAUCAUGUGAAAAAGAAUUCCAAGAGAAGAAGAUCAACAAAGGAAAGUAAUACUCCGAAAAAGGCAAAGUUGAUAUGGACGCAAGAGCUCCGGGCUCGGUUUUUGGGCUCUGUUCACUUUAUAGGCCUAGAGAGAGCUGUUCCGAAAACAAUUCUUGAGGUCAUGAACGUGGAAGGCCUGACUAGAGAAAACGUGGCAAGCCAUUUGCAGAAGUACAGACAGUUUCUAAGGAAAGUUGCAGCAAAAAUAUCAGUAAGUAAAUCGGAUAUUGUAACCAAGUCCCAAAUGUCAAGAUCUACAUUUGCGCAAAGUCGAACUUCGAUAUUCCAGCAGCCGCCCAUUUCUGGACAGAAUCUCUUUAUUGAUUCAAGCCUUGGAGGUCCCCUUUUCCAUGCCAAUGAUCAUGAAGCAUCAAACACUUCCAUGUUUCCAUUGGGAAACACAUCACCAUUAUAUCAGCCGAAUUUUCUGUCCAACUUUCAGAUGCCGCAACCUGCUUUCAUAGGGUACCCAAGGUCUUUCCAACCAGCCAAUCCCUCAUCAGUUAAUAAUGGGAGUGGAUUUCAGGCAGCCAAUGUUCAAAGCAAUUGGUCAAGUACUAGUGGACUUCAAACUCAAACAAGUCCAUUGAUCAACGACCUAUAUGGUAAUUACAAUAACUAUGACAUAAGUGCAGGGUUUCAAUACAACAAUAAUUUUGAUAAAGGUUCGUGGAAUGGAACUAUGGGAUUUCUGAAUGAUUCUAGUAGUCUCAUCAGCAACAACUACUGUGGGAGUCCACCAAAGACUGGUGCUGCUUCGUUAGGGUUGGCUGGAAUUAAGUCGAAUCCAAACCCUAAUUUGAUGGUGGAGAACCAUGGCUGGGCUUCAUCAACAAGAGCACUUGAUGAUAAUGUUUUUGGAUUGGUUCUGAAUAAUAUUGAUCAAAAUGUGCUUGAUCAAGACAUGAUUAAUGCUUCACCAACGGGUAAUUUGAUGUUCAGUAACAAAAAAAUUUCAGGCGUGGAGGAUGCUUCAUCAGUUGGUUAUGAUGGUUUUACAACAGUGGAAGCUGCGGCUUGUAGCUCUAAUGUUGUAGACUUGUCACCACGUCAGAAUCAAAUUGGCGAGUACUUUGAUGAGCUAGAUGAUAUUUUAUUUAACGAUACCAGUUUGAAACCUAAUAAUCAGGAAGGAGGAAAAGAAGUGGUCAAUUCUUAUGAGACUAGUGCAUAUUUGGUUCAAGAAAAUGCUUCCGUGCUCGAAGAACCACUCGGCCAGGCAUGUAUCGAUACAUAUCAAUUUUUUUUUAUGCAUAAAAUGAUUUAUGGAAGACUGGCAAGCUAA